AUGGAGGUAAAUAGGCUAGAUGAUGACUUUUCUAUUGAUCCAAUUACUGAUAUAAUUGAUUAUCUAGUGCGGUGUGCUAAAAUUUCUUUUAAAAAUGCUCAUGUUGAUGAAUCAGAGAUACGAACCAGCGAAAAGAUUACAAUGGCCUGUGAUCUUUACAAGCGCUCGCCUACUGAGUUCUUACUACAGUUCGGCAAGUAUUUGGCUCCGUACCACAUGAGUUACUUUGAUAACUUGCAGGCGACAUCGCAAGUAGACCAACAUUUUCGAGAAUGUAUAGAACAGUUUAAAAACUACCAUUCCGAUAAGAGUAGACGUAAAAGAGUUAGAAAUCGACGAUAUAAUGCAUUACAAAAGCUAAAAAAUGAAACUGACUACUUCAGUGAAAAACAAAUGAUGUUUAGAAAUCCCUUACUAUAUGAGCAAUUAGUAGGUCAAUAUCUAACUGAUGAGGAGAUUAAUGCAAGAGAUAAUGUAGACAAUGAAAACCUAACACUUUUGAAUAUGAUUUUGGAGACGGUUGAUAGAAAUGAGAUGAGAGAAAUGAAAAAUGAGCAAUUGCUGGUAGAGGAUAUUGAAGCAAUUCAAUUAAACAAAGACGACAAUUCUGAUGAAAACAUUAAUAGCCAUCAUGUGCAAAAAAAACAAUGGGGUGACUUUGACAUACCAGACACAAGACCAAGUUACAUGCCUGAAAAAAGAAAACAGUGCAUUAUCACUGCUCCCGAAAGAAACUUACUUCGAGAAGAGUUUUUACAAGAGAUGUAUAGUAGUUUUAUAAAUGGUAGAGAUGAGGAUUUUGACUACAACAGUGUAGACAAUGAUGAGCAAUAUGAUGAUCUGCAGCAGUUAUCGCAGGAUGCAGAAGACAAAUAUUUUGAUUCAGAAACCAAUGAUAUAGAGAAUUUAGAAGAGCAUAUGAAACUUGUUCAAGAAUAUGUAUUAAAGAAACCUGACAACAAUGCCAAAAAUGAUGAUUCUUUGGAUGUAUUUAUGAAACAUAUUUCAAAUAAACUAGAUAUGAGUUAA